CUCGCUUAGUGCGGGGCUGCGUCGGCUGGCAGGAGGAGCUCCGGCGGUAUGAGAAACGAGGGGGGAAGAGGCGAGCAGACGGACUAAAACGGAGAAAUCGUGGCUGCAUCUGGAACUGCGGAGCAAAGAACGGUAUCGCUUCCUUUGACAAGGGAAAAAACAGUGGAAUGAAGGGAGACAAAGCACAUGCAGACCGGGCUGCUGGAUCAAACGAAAGACGAGCCAGCCUGCUAGCUAUUUACUUCACUCCACAUUAAUAGACCAUGCACAAGAAAAAAAGGGGAGAUCAGCCACGGUGCGAGAGUGAAGUGGAUUUCUCUGGCCGCGGUCGAGUCGACGAGUUCGUCUUAGAAAUAUGAGCAUGACAGACAGAGCAGCACGGAGGAGAGUGAAACAGCGUUUACUCAGAUGUCAGCGUGGGGAGAGUCGCCGACGCGUUGGCCGGAAUUUCAUACACUAAACCAUUUAAGGCGCCCCGUAUCACGUUUUCUAAGCCAUAAUGAAGACAGUAUUCCCGUUUUCUGCUUUGCCUGCAGCUGUGCCAUACUUGCAGAUCUAAUAAAUACGGACUCGCAAGGCAGGAUUGAAUCGAAUUUGAACGUUUAGCCGACUGCUUAAAUGUUUUGGCACUGGGCGGUAGAAUCGACAUGACAACGUGUCCAGAUGUUCACUGUGUCAUGUAAACGCUGAAUCCUGCCUGGAAUAACGUUUAACUUUCAGAGCACCGCCAGUGUGAUAUGGGAAAGCCGUGGAACUGCGGAAGCCAUAAAAACUGAGCAAAGUGUUGGAAUAAGCUUUGUUUGUGAGUACUCUGCCAAUAAGGCGACACCGCCACGUCCAAGAAACGGCGAUGCGCUUUAAUAGCCUUACACCAUUCACUAAGAGGGACCCAGUAACUCCGCGCACUGGGAUGAACUAAGAUCUAAAGCAACGCACAGUGGACGAAACCGGCAACAGUCAAGCUUGAAUUGAGCGUACCCAUGGAGAUACCGUGAGCAGCUCGGGAUGCAGGAGUGAAACCAGAGCAGCACCACCCUAGCACGAGGAUGAAGAGAAGCGCAUGAGCCACAUCGCUGGAAAGGCAGGUCUUCGCCAUGGCGCAAACCAGUCUGCUGCAGGGGAAGCGCUUUUACUGCAGGGAGUGGGUCUUCCACAAGCUCCAGCACUGCCUGCAGGAGAAGGCUAGCACCCUGCUCGGGGCGUCUGUCACCCCGAGCAAGCAGGGCACAGCUGGUACCGUCGGUCCUGGGGCGGGAGGGUCAGCACCCCCGUCGGGGAAGGGGGCGGCUUGGGGGGUGCUUCUGGUGGGGGGUCCAGGGAGUGGGAAGACGGCCCUCUGCACAGAGCUGCUGUGGCCCAGCUCCCCCCAGGGGUCGCACCGGGGCCUGCACCGGCAGGGCCUGGCCUUCCACUUCUGCCGGGCUGAAGACUCGGACACCCUCUGCGUCAGUGGCUUCAUUCGGGGGCUGGUGGCCCAGAUCUGCCGCAGCGGGCUGGUCCCGGGAUACGAGGAGAGAGUUCGGGACCCCGCCGUGCAGAGCGCCUUGCAGCCAGGGGAGUGCGAAAGGAACCCCGCUGAGGCCUUCAAAAGGUGCGUGCUCCUCCCCCUCCUGGGUGUCCAGGCCCCCCAGCAGUCCCUCUUCCUUCUGGUGGACUCCAUCGAUGAGGGCUGCCAGCUGGGCGAGGCGGAGCCGAGGCCCACCCCGGGCUCCUGCAGAACCAUCGCCGAGUUGCUGGCCGGCCACUACGAGUUCCUGCCCCCCUGGCUGCUCCUCAUCUGCUCUGCCCGCCGCCAGAACAAAGCCGUCACCAAGCUCUUCACAGGUUUUCGCAAAAUCAGCCUGGAUGACCUCCGCAAGGCGUACAUUGUGAAGGACGUGCAGCAGUACAUCCUACACCGGCUGGACCAGGAGGAGGCGCUCAGGCAGCACCUCACCAAGGAGACGGCCGAGAUGCUCAACCAGCUGCACAUCAAGAGCAGCGGCUGCUUCCUGUACCUGGAGCGCGUGCUGGACGGCGUGGUGGAGAACUUCAUCAUGCUCCGCGAGAUCCGCGACAUCCCGGGCACGCUCAACGGCCUCUACCUGUGGCUUUGCCAGAGGCUCUUCGUCAGGAAGCAGUUCGCUAAGGUCCAGCCCAUCCUCAAUGUGAUGCUGGCCGCCUGCCGGCCCCUCACGGUCAAGGAGCUGUACCACGCGGUCUGGACCAAGAAUAUGGCACUGACCAUGGAGGAGUUCCAGAAGAAGAUGGACAUCCUGUCCAAGCUCCUGGUCAAGGGCCUCGGGAGCACCAGGAUCCUCUUCCACUACAGCUUUGCGGAGUGGCUACUGGAUGUCAAGCACUGCACCCAGAAGUACCUGUGCAAUGCAGCUGAGGGCCACAGGAUGAUGGCCAUGAGCUACACCUGCAGGGCCAAGGAGCUCAACCCGCUGGAGGUACAGGAGUUUGCUCUGCACCUCAUCAGCUCCAACCUGCAGAUCGAGCCCUACAACCUCGCCCUCUGGAUGGUGUGGAAUGGAACGCCGGCCAAGGACUCCCUGACGACCUCCAUCCCCAAAGAGCAGGAGGUGCUGCAGCUCCUGGUCAAGGCCGGCGCCCACGUCAACAGCGAGGACGACCGCGCCUCCUGCAUCGUGCAGCAGGCCCUAGAGAGGGAGGACUCCAUCCGGACGCUGCUUGACAACGGGGCCUCGGUAAACCAGAGCGACUCCGGCGGCAGGACUUUGCUGGCCAACGCUGCAUACAGCGGCAACCUGGACGUGGCCAACCUGCUCAUCGGCCGGGGCGCAGACCUGGAGCUGGCCGACAGCCACGGGCAGACAGCACUGACACUGGCGGCGCGGCAGGGCCACACCAAGGUGGUGAACUGCCUCAUCGGCUGCGGCGCCAACAUCAACCACAGCGACCACGAUGGGUGGACGGCGCUGCGGUCUGCCGCCUGGGGGGGCCACUCAGAGGUGGUGUCCGCCCUCCUGUACGCUGGCGCCAAGGUCGACUGUGCCGACAUGGACAGCAGGACUGCGCUCCGGGCGGCUGCCUGGGGGGGACACGAGGACAUUGUCCUGAAUCUGCUCCAGCACGGCGCCGAGGUCAACAAGGCCGACAACGAGGGGAGGACGGCGCUCAUCGCAGCAGCGUACAUGGGCCACCGGGAGAUCGUAGAGCACCUCCUGGACCACGGGGCGGAGGUGAACCACAAGGAUGUGGACGGGAGAACCGCCCUCUCCGUUGCUGCCCUCUGCGUGCCCGCCAGCAAAGGCCACGCCUCCGUGGUCAGCCUCCUCAUCGACCGGGGUGCGGAGGUAGACCACUGCGACAAGGACGGCAUGACCCCGCUGCUGGUGGCGGCCUACGAGGGGCACGUGGACGUGGUCGACCUGCUGCUGGAGGGCGGGGCGGAUGUGGACCACGCAGACAACAACGGCCGGACCCCGCUCCUCGCGGCGGCCUCCAUGGGCCACGCCUCCGUGGUCAACACCCUGCUGUUCUGGGGUGCGGCGGUGGACAGCAUCGACGGAGAGGGGAGGACGGUGCUGAGCAUUGCGUCCGCUCAGGGGAACGUGGAGGUCGUUCGCACCCUGCUGGACAGAGGGCUCGACGAAAACCACAGGGACGACGCCGGCUGGACCCCGCUGCACAUGGCCGCCUUCGAGGGCCACCGGCUGGUGUGCGACGCCCUCAUCGAGCAGGGUGCCCGCUGUACGGAGGUGGACAAUGACGGCCGCAUCCCGCUGAUCCUAGCCGCUCAAGAGGGCCACUAUGACUGUGUGCAGAUACUGCUCGAGGACAAGUCGAGCAUCGAUCAGCGGGGCUAUGAUGGAAGGAACGCUCUCCGAGUGGCCGCCCUGGAAGGCCACAGAGACAUUGUGGAGCUGCUCCUCAGUCACGGCGCAGACAUAGACUAUAAAGACGCUGACGGCCGCCCCACCCUCUACAUCCUGGCACUUGAGAAUCAGCUGGCCAUGGCAGAGUAUUUCCUGGAAAACGGUGCCAACGUUGAGGUCAGCGACCCCGAGGGGAGAACAGCCCUCCACGUGUCCUGCUGGCAGGGGCAUGUGGAGAUGGUGCGGAUGCUGGUCAGCUACCACGCGGACGUCAACUCGAGCGACAAUGAACGGCGCUCCGCCCUGCAGUCUGCCGCCUGGCAGGGCCACAUCAGGGUCGUCCGCCUUCUGAUCGAGAGCAGCACGCACGUCGACCACACGUGCAACCAGGGCGCCACUGCACUCUGCAUCGCCGCCCAGGAGGGCCAUGUCGACGUGGUGCAGGCCCUGCUGGACCACGGCGCCGACCCCAACCACGCCGACCAGUUCGGCCGCACCCCCAUGAGGGUGGCGGCCAAGGGGGGCCACGCGCAGAUCAUCAAGCUUCUGGAGAAGUACGGCGCCUCCACUCUUAACGGCUGCACCCCUUCUCCCGUGCACCCCAUGGAGCAGAAGGGUCCCGCAUCCGUGACGGGAAAGACGCCCUCCCUCACCAACAAGUCCAACAGCUCCGGGAGCACAGGUCCCGGCGACCUCCAGCCGUCAGGGCGCGGCCCUGCCAACGGGCCGGCCCACGCCUUCAGCUCCCCGUCCGAGUCGCCCGACUCCACCGUCGACCGGCAGAAGUCCUCCCUCUCCAACAACUCCCUGAAGAGCUCCAAGAACUCCUCCCUGAGGACCACCUCGUCCACCGCCACCGCCCAGACCGUGCCCAUAGACAGCUUCCACGGGCUGACCUUCACCGAGCAGAUCCAGCAGCACUCCCUGCCCCGCAGCCGGAGCCGGCAGUCCAUAGCAUCCCCCUCCUCCACCACCAAGUCCGUAGGGCAGCAGCCCAGCUCCCCAUCCAGUGAGUUUGAGUGGAGCCAAGUCAAGCCCAGCCUGAAGUCAACAAAAGGGAGCAAAGGUGGAAAUGGCACCUCCAACAGCAAGGGCGGAUCAGGUGAGAAGAAGAAGGCCCGCAACGGAGGCUCGUCCCAGGGCCAGGUGCUGGAGUACGAGAUGACCCAGUUCGACAAAAGGAUCGCGCUCGCCAAGCCGGUGUCCAACGUCGCCCUGAAAGACCCGCCCUGUAAGAUCUUGACCCCGCCUUUGGUGCACCAGGACGUGGGCCGCUCCCAGCAGCAAUUCCUCAUCCAGCAGCAGGGGGGCGCCGAAAAGAAAAGGAACGGCAUCAUGACAAACCCCAAGUAUCACUUGCAGGGCAAUCAGGUGUUCCUUGGCAGAGUGUCUGUGCCCAGAACUGUGCAGGACCGAGGGCACCAGGAAGUUCUGGAGGGCUACCCAAUAGGAGAAACUGAACUAAGCCUUAAACAAGCCCUCAAACUGCAGAUUGAAGGAUCAGAUCCUGCUUUUAACUAUAAAAAGGAGACACCCUUAUAGCUGAUGUCUGGAGUCGCGUUCAACGCCCAGACGUGGGAGAGUGUGUGCCAAAGAGGGCUGUUUCACCCAAACAGAACUGAGUAGGGCCGACCCUGUUCUCCGUGGGGGGGCUGGUGGAGGGUGGCGGUUGGGGGUGCUCAAAAUGUUUCGAAAGCACGGAGGAGAAUGUUCUUACCGCACACGGAUUACACGACUGAUACUGCGACGUGCCUAUGUUUGUGAUGGCCUUCUUAGCGUAACCCUGCACGCUUUUUUUAUUAUUUUAUUUAAAAUGUAUCAAUAUUUAAU